AUUAAUUUCUCUCCUUCCCAAAGAAAAAAUAAAUUAAAAAUGAAAUUCAUUGUUUCUUUUGUUAUGUUCUUUCUCCUCUUAAAUUGUUUCACAAGCUCACAGACUCUGAUUCGAGAUUCUUCCAAGAAAGCUGCAGCGAAAGAUCGGAAUAUGAAGUACAAUUUUUGCGUCAAGUCUCUUGAAUCGAAUCCUCAUAGCAAAAAUGCAACAUGUAUCAAAGGAUUGGUCAUAGCAUCAACGAAGAAUGCUGCAUUCAACAUGAUUAACGUGGAAAGAAUCGCUAAAACGAUCCUCAAUGAAAAGAAAACUUCUCCUGAAUUUGUGAAGAUAUAUUCACAAAAAUCAAGAAAGCAAAAUCUCCGAUUAGAGAUGAGAACAAUGUUUUGCGUCAAAAUAUUUUAA